AUGGCUAAAGUGGGGCACAGGACCGGGUCAGACGAGAAGCUCGAGGCUCAGGUGUUCAACAUCGACGCUCUCUUCUCGGACGACUCGAUCUCGUCGUCGCUGGACAUCUCGGACGAUGACGGGUCGAGUAGCGACCAAGUGAACGAGGCUCUCAGCGGUGUUGUCGUGAAGCCGCUGGAGUUGGAUCCGCUGUACAAGCGCCGCAACAAGGGCGUCAAGCUGAGCCUGCAGACCGUGUCGUGGGCGCCGACAGCAGCCGGCAGCGGGACCGCGAGCGACGCGCCGAUCUCAACAGAGUCCGAGGCCAUCUUUGUCACCGACGGCGUCAUCUUCUCGCCGCUGCUCUCGGGCAUGUCGGCCGACUCGGGCCCGGCCUUUGCCUUUGCCGACUGCGGGUCAGACUCGGACGACUCGGCACACCUUGACGCCGAGAAGGGCGGCGUGGUCAUGACGCCCGGCUCGCUCGCCGCCGAGCAGCAAGCCGCACUGGAUCUGGUCAAGUCGGUACUUGGCUUGCCAGAGCUCUUGGCCCGUACCCUACUGGAUCACUACGGAUACGACACCAGCCGGAUGAUGGAGGAGUUUGUCGACCGCGAGGCCGAGGUUCUCGCUGCCAUCGGGUGGUCCGAGGGCGAGAACGGCGCGGCCGCCAGCGGCACGGGCGAUGCCGGUGCUAGCGAUAGUGCCAGCGCCGACGCUGCCUGUGCCAUUUGCUUUCUGGACGAUCCAGCAGAACUGGCCGCGCUCUCAUGUGGGCAUCCGCUCUGUCGCGACUGCUGGUCGUCGUACCUGCGGAUCAAGAUCACCGAGAACGACGUGGCCAGCAUUCCGUGCCCCGCCGGCGAGUGCGGAGUGCGUGCUGAUCAGGCGUUUGUGGCCAAGUACGUUGACGCGGCGGUGUUUGACAAGUUUCAGCGGUUCUUGCUGCAGAACUUUGUGACGUCGAACAAGAAUGUGGUGUGGUGCCCGGCCGGCGGUUGCGAGAACGCGGUCAAGGUUGAGUCUGCCCUCGAGGCACUGUGUGCGUGCGGCUGGCGCUUUUGCCCCUCGUGCAACGAAGAGUGCCAUGUCCCAGUCUCGUGCGCGCACAUGCGCGAGUGGGGCAAGCACCUCGCCGAGGAUAACGUCAACAAGGCCUGGAUUCUCAACAACACCAAGGACUGCCCCAAAUGCGGCGUGACGAUCGAAAAGAACAUGGGCUGCAUGCACAUGUCGUGCGGCGGGCACGGCACCCGCGUCACCGGAUGCGGUCACGAGUUCUGCUGGCUCUGCCUCGGCGACUGGCGGACUCACUCACACUGCGGCCGCGACGAGACCGCCGGCGAUCGCAACAGCAAGCGCAUCGGCGUCGUCCGACAGCUCCACUUCACCUCGCGAUUCGAGGCCCAUCGUGAUGCGCACAAGCUCGAGCUUGAGCUCCGGUCCAGGACCGUGGCCAACAUCGCCGCCUUCCGCAAGGCCCAUCCCGACUCGAUCGUCAAGCUCGGCUACAUGCUUGACGCUGUUGAGGCACUCCUCUACUGCCGCAAAACCCUGCAGUUUACCUACGCCUAUGCAUUCUUUCUCAAGCCAGACUCGCCCGAGAAAAACCUGUUUGAGUAUCUCCAGGGCGAGCUCGAAACCUCGGUCGAGACGCUCUCGGAAGCCAUCGACUUGCCGAUUGAUGUCGAACACCGGAGCAAAAUCAAGAAGCUCACGCGCGCUGCACUUCGGCGGCUUAACCAUCUCCUUGACGGCGUCGAGGUCGGACUCACCACCGAUGCCGACGACUUUAAGGCCGUCAACGUGACCACCGACGAGGCAGGAGCGUCCAGCGGCAACCGUACCACCAUUCGCUCGCUCUUCUCUCGCCGAUCGUAG